CUCCUCUACAGGCAUCAUGUCCAAAUCAGACUACCCACCGGGCUAUGAGGACUCCAGCGGUCCGAUGUACGCACCCCAGGGCGGGGGCUACCCACCUCCACCCGCAUAUGGCUUCCCAUCCUAUGGUGGUCCACAACCAGGCCAGGCUUACCCUCCCUAUCCGAGCGGUCCAAACACCCCUCUCUACCCGGGCCAGCCAGCGGCUUAUCCUUCAGCACCGUACCCAGGACAGCCUCACCCUGCAGGGCCACAAGGAGCAGGCUACCCCUCCCCACCACCCAUGCCUCCAAUCAUCCCUCCGACCAUCCCAUCAGGGGUGAUGUCUUCAGAUGAGGAGUUUGCUGUGAGCGACGGCAACUGGGACGACCUGAGUGUUCGGCACGCCUUCAUCAGAAAGGUUUAUGUGAUCCUGGCCUGCCAGCUCCUCCUCACCACAGCCAUUGUUGCCAUAUUCACCUUUGUUGACCCCGUCCGAGUCUUUGUAAGGAGAAACCCGGCUGUAUACUGGGCCUCAUAUGCUGUGUAUGUAGUCCUCCACCUGGUGCUGGUUUGCUGUAAGGGCCCACGGAGGAAGUUCCCAUGGAACAUCAUUCUGCUGCUGCUCUUUACUCUGGCUCUGUCGUACAUGACUGGAACCAUCUCAAGUUACUAUGAUACCAAAGCCGUGUUUCUGGCUCUCGGGAUCACAGCUGUCGUGUGCAUCGCCGUCACCAUCUUCUGCUUCCAGACAAAGGUUGACUUUACCAAAUGCCGAGGCCUCUUCUGUGUCCUUUCGAUCGUGAUGCUUGUAACUGGAAUCAUUACAGCCAUCGUGCUUUCCUUCAAAUACAUCUAUUGGCUUCACAUGCUGUACGCAGCUAUGGGAGCCAUAGCGUUCACCAUGUUCCUGGCAUACCACACUCAGCUCCUGAUAGGAAACAGGAAGUACUCCAUUAGUCCUGAGGAGUACGUCUUCGCCGCGCUCUCCAUUUACGUUGAUAUCGUCCAGAUCUUCCUCUUCCUGCUGCAAAUUAUUGGAGCUUCCAGCAGAUGAGGUUGCUGAAGUUCACGCCGUGUCGGACGGCUGCUGGAAAGCACCACGCCUCAAAAACUGGUUUCUGUUUGUCUUUAUUCCAACUUUUUACCUUUCUUUUUUCUUUUUUGGAUUAAAGGAAAAAAAUGA